CACUUUUCUUUGAGCUCACGACAGAAAGUAGCAGUGGGAGAGGUUUUUCAAAUUUCUCAUCUAUACAUUGGAAUUCCCAAGCAAUCAACGCACCCUCAAAAAAAUAUCCGCCAUGGCUGCUCUGCAGUACCUGGAGUCUCUGCGCAACGCGCAUCCAGAACACGCCGAGUGGUACAAUUCACUUGCAGAUCUGUACCAGAAGAAGCUCUGGCACCAACUUACUCUCAAGCUUGAACAGUUCGUUGCUUUCGCUGUCGUUCAGGCUGGUGAUACAUUGAUACAGCUGUAUCAUAAUUUUAUCUCCGACUUUGAGACCAAAAUUAAUCUUCUCAAGCUUGCGCAUUUUGCGGUUAUAGUCUCUAAGCAGUAUAAAGAGAAAGAUGCUGCCGUUAGCUAUCUUGAAGGGGUGAUUGAAAAGCUUCGAACAACUAAAGAACAACACAUUGAAGAGCCAAUUCUUUACAUUAAGAUGCAAUUAGCUAUCUUCAAGCUUGAGCAAGGGGAUCAAAAGGAGUGUAAGAAGCUUUUGGAAGAUGGAAAGAGCACACUGGACAGUAUGACUGAUAUUGAUCCAACUGUAUAUGCCAAUUAUUAUUGGGUUUCAUCUCAGUACCAUAAAUACCGUCAAGAAUUUGCUGAGUUCUACAAGAGUGCUCUUCUUUAUCUAGCAUACACAUCCGUGGAAUCCCUCUCAGAACCUUUUAAACUGGAUUUGGCAUUUGAUCUCUCUCUUUCUGCACUUCUGGGAGAUAACAUCUACAACUUCGGAGAACUGCUUGCUCAUCCUGUUAUAAAUAGCCUUCUGGGAACACAAGUGGAGUGGCUUUACUAUAUUCUUCAGGCAUUUAACUCUGGUGAUCUAGUUCGCUACCAAGAAUUGUGUCGUGUGCAUAAUGCAUCCCUGAGAUCCCAGCCAGCAUUAGUUGAGAAUGAGCAGAAGUUAUUGGAAAAGAUUAACAUUCUUUGCCUGAUGGAAAUUAUCUUUAGCCGUCCUUCUGAAGAUAGAACUAUUCCACUAAGUGUAAUUGCUGAGCGCACAAAACUUUCCAUUGAGGAUGUGGAGCAUCUUCUCAUGAAGAGUCUUUCUGUGCAUCUUAUUGAGGGUAUAAUUGACCAAGUGGAGGGAACAGUACAUGUGUCUUGGGUGCAGCCAAGAGUUCUGGGGAUUCCACAGAUCAAAUCCUUGCGAGAUAGAUUGGAUAAUUGGCUGGAUAAAGUGCACACUGCCUUAUUAUCCAUUGAAGCUGAAACACCUGAUCUAGUAGCGUCAUGAUUUUCUUUUGCUCUUUUAUUUGGCUCUUUUCCUUUUUGUUAUUUAUUUACUCGCUGCCCAUUGUAACAAUUUCUUAAUCGAAAAGGGCAAAAAAGAAUUCAUAGGCGGCUAAGUGAAGGGACUAGAGUAAGUCACGCUAGGGCAGUCAGAGCCAACUUUGUUUGAUUCCAUAUCAUAUUGCAGAAUCCUUUUUCCCGAAUCAAAUUUCUUAUAAGGCGCAGCUGAUUACGUUUUCACUUGGAGUUUGCCAUCUCCAAGGGGCAUGCUUAAGAGAUGCACUGAAUUGAUUGAAGAAAACAAAAAAUUCCUAAUUCAGUGUGGCUGGUUAAACUGAUUUGUAUUGGGAAAUUUGGUCUGAUCCAUCUGUGUGUUGUUGCUAUCAAAUGGUUGCUUUAUGUUCCUUGUAACAUUUCAUUUCACUUCAUUUCAUUUCUGAUUGCUAUUCUCAUAGCAAAUGUUAGUUGAUAGUGGAACAAAGAGAUUCAUAUACUAUGACUUUGGCUUUAUUUUAUUAUGUUCUUUGAGUGCA